UCCGUCUCCCAGCAGAAGGCGCAGCCAUGAAUCCGUUAUUCGGCCCCAACCUCUUCCUCCUCCAGCAGGAGCAGCAAGGCCUGGCCGGGCCGCUGGGGGACCCCGUGGGAAGCGACCACUUGGCCGGCGGCGGGGACGUGCCCCCGGCGCCGCUAGCCCGGGCCGGCCCGGCUCCCUACUCGCCGCCCGGGCCGGGCCCGGCGCCCCCCGCCGCCAUGGCGCUCCGCAACGACCUGGGCUCCAACAUCAACGUGCUCAAGACCCUGAACCUCCGCUUCCGCUGCUUCCUGGCCAAGGUGCACGAGUUGGAGCGCCGCAACCGGCUGCUGGAGAAGCAGCUGCAGCAGGCGCUGGAGGAGGGUAAGCAGGGCCGGCGGGGCCUGGCUCGCCGAGACCAGGCCGUGCAGACCGGCUUCGUCAGCCCCGUCAGACCCCUGGGGCUGCCCCUGGGCGCCCGGCCGGCUGCCGUCUGCACCCCGUCGGCGCGGGUGCUGGGCUCGCCUGCGCGCUCGCCGGCAGGCCCCCUCGCGCCCUCCGCGGCCUGCCACCCGGCGGCUCCCUCCACCUCCGCCUCCGCCUCCGCCUCCUCCGCCUACUCCUCGUCGGCCCGCUUCAUGCCCGGCACCAUCUGGUCCUUCUCUCACGCCCGCCGGCUCGGGCCGGGACUGGAAACCACUUUGGUGCAAGGGCCUGGCCUGUCGUGGGUGCACCCCGACGGGGUGGGCGUCCAGAUCGACACCAUCACCCCCGAGAUCCGCGCUCUCUACAACGUGCUGGCUAAAGUGAAGCGCGAGCGGGACGAGUACAAGCGGAGGUGGGAAGAGGAGUACGUGGUGAGGCUGCAGCUGCAGGAGCGCGUGAACGAGCUCCAGGAGGAGGCCCAGGAGGCUGACGCCUGCCAGGAGGAGCUGGCCCUGAAGGUGGAGCAGCUGAAGGCCGAGCUGGUGGUCUUCAAGGGGCUCAUGAGCAACAACCUGUCCGACCUGGACACGAAGAUCCAGGAGAAGGCCAUGAAGGUGGACAUGGACAUCUGCCGCCGCAUCGACAUCACCGCCAAGCUCUGUGACUUGGCCCAGCAGCGCAACUGCGAGGACGUGAUCAAGAUGUUCCAGUCUCUGCACUUGUCUCCCAUUAAGGUCCCGUCCAUGGGGGGGCGGAAGCGGGAGCGCAAGGCUGCCGUCGAGGAGGACACCUCUCUGUCGGAGAGUGACGGGCCCUGCCACCCCGACGGGGAUGAGGAGGAGAGCACGGCCCUCAGCAUCAACGAGGAGAUGCAGCGCAUGCUGAACCAGCUGAGGGAGUAUGAUUUUGAGGACGACUGCGACAGCCUGACUUGGGAGGAGACCGAGGAGACCCUGCUGCUCUGGGAGGAUUUCUCGGGCUAUGCCCUGGCUGCUGCGGAGGCCCCGGGAGAGCAGCCGGAAGACAGUUUGGAGAAGGUGAUUAAAGAUACUGAGUCCCUGUUCAAAACCCGGGAGAAAGAAUAUCAGGAAACCAUUGACCAGAUAGAGCUGGAGCUGGCCACGGCCAAGAACGACAUGAACCGGCACCUGCACGAGUACAUGGAGAUGUGCAGCAUGAAGCGGGGCCUGGACGUGCAGAUGGAGACCUGCCGCCGGCUCAUCACCCAGUCCGGGGACCGAAAGUCUCCUGCUUUCACUGCGGCCCCGCUUAGCGACCUGCCGCCCCCGCCGCCACCAAGCGAGGCUGAGGACUCGGAUCGCGACGUCUCAUCCGACGGCGCCGUGAGAUAGGGGCCUCCUGCGGCUUGUGCACCAGAGGGGGCUUCCCUCCGUGUCACAAGCGGAGGGAGCGGGCCUGGGCAGGGCGCUCCGUCCUCCCUGUUGGCAGGGCGCUCCCGGCGGCCGCCCGUCGACAGCGGUGAUGCGGCUGUGAGCGCUCCCUGGUGGAAGUGCCACGCGUUACGGGGGCCUUAGUGCGUCCGGUCCCGGCGGCUUCUGCGUCUGACCGGGUGCCGUGUCAGUAUCGCGGAGGGAGACAGAGGCUCCUGCCGUUUCCCAGUCACCGCCGGGUGACAGACAGAAAGGUGAAGCUCUGUGUGCGUGUGUGUGUGUGUGUGUGCGUGUGUGGGCGCGUGUGUGUGCACAUGAGCAUGUAUGUGGGCGCACGUGCGCUCAGGGUCUCAGUUUCUUCAAGCAUCAGCGGCAGGUGUGCCUCCUCCGUGUCUGUCACACGUGGAGACCAACCGGCUGAGUGAGAAGAUGUCCUGGACUCGGAAAAGCUUGGCGAACCGGGGCUACGAGACCGAGGGUCUCUCAGCAUCGCUGCCUGAGGCAGGCUGGGCUGAGCUGAUGUUUGUGUGGAAUCUAAUAAUAAUGAAACUGGCGACUAUUAUUUAUUGAA